AUGGAAGAAGCCAGUUUUAUGGAACACGUCCGAACGGCGCCGUCAGACGACAAACUAUUUCAAAAUCCUUUAAAUGAUGAUGAUGACGACGAUGAUGAGGAUGAAGAUGAUGAAAGCUUUGUGCCCGAUUCGUUGCGAGCCUUUAUGGAAGACGCCAAUGCCAAAUUGGAUGCGGAUUUGAGUGAUAUUUUGAAUUCCGACAACCUCAAAAACAAGACAUCAUCAGCAGGCAAUAACAAUAACAAUAACCAUCAUCAUUGGAUGGAAGACGAUGAUGAUACUGACAUGGACGAGGAUCCUCCCGCUCCUCAAAUGCCCGACAUGGAUCAUGUCAAUAGCCUAUUAGCAUCCACAAUAUCAUCAUCAUCAUCAUUAACAACAGCAACAACAGCAACAAGAAGUCAAUCAGAUGGAAUUCAAAUCAAGAACAGCAACAACAACAACAACAACAGUAGUAGCAUUAGCAGCAACCGCAAGCUGAUGGUACCACCACUCCAACAACAACAACAACAACAACAAUACGAGGAGCCACCUGAAGAAGAAGACGAAGAGCCGAUAUUGUCACGGAUCCAACACAUUAUAAAGGAUGUGGAUCCAACAACAACCAUGCAAGACGAAGAAGAAGACGCGCCAGCAGCAACAACAAACGCACAAGACAAGCCGUUUGCACAACUAACGACCCGGGAUUUGUUGCAACCCAAACCCAUUCCGGAUCCCAAUGCUCUUGACGAUUGCACUGACGAUACUGAAACCGACGAAAAUUCCAAUUAUGUUCGUGACAAUCAAUUCUUCAAGGAUAUUUUGAAACAAGAAGAAGACUUGUCCUUGAAGCAUAAUCUCAUGAUGGGAUUGUUGGACGAAGAUGCCGCACGGGAAAAACAAUUCAAAGAAGAGCAACGUCG